CGCAAAAUCGCCUGUUGCUAUUGGUUACUGUAGACUUCCCUCAAAACAAACAAUUUCAAAUUCCAACACAGGCUGAAAUUAACAAACUAAAAAACAUUCAGCAUCAUUUAGAGAAAUACGAAACUUGUUUAGUAGAAAAUUUAUCAAAAUGUAAGGAACACAAAGAGUUUUGCGAUUUUUAUACAAAAACUCUUAAAUCAAGGGCCCAACAUGAACAGCAAGUUCAAAAUGAAGUACUUCAAAUAAUUGUGCCACUCAGACGGACGAAGAAAUCUUUGAGGAAAGAGAAUAUACAAAAUUUGGAUGUCAAUGCAAUUAGAAAAGAUAUGACUGAAAUAGAAGAGAAUAUUAAAAAUGUUAAAGAUCUCAGUCUAACAGCCGUAAAUCAGUUAAAAAAAGAAGAGGAAAGGUAUAAUGAAGAGCUUGAAAGCUUCAAAGAUAAAUUGGAAAGAUGGGAAAACCGUCCCACUUACUCUGCUUCGAAGCCACAGUUCAAACGCCCUGCUGUUAACACUCAAGCAAACAUCUGCAAGGAAGCACAAGACUUCAUGGAUUUUGUUGCUGCAACGGGAGGGCACGAAAAUGGAUGGAGCGCCGAUGACCACGCGCUAUUUUUGAAAGUAAAAAAUAAAACGAAAGACCCGAGGAGAGUGGCAGAAAUAAUACACAUGUUGCUACCAGAUAUUUCCGAAGAAGCAGUGGUAGCCCACGAGAAGUGGUACGAAACCUACCUAGAUCUGAAGGAGAAACAAAAGGAAGCUAUUAAACAUUGGCGAACAAAUAAGAUGAGCAACAAGCAAAUUUCGUCAGCAAUUGAGCGAGCUGCACCCGACCAAUGCACUUUACGUAAGUCGUUUUCUGCAAGUGGAGAAAAAGGCGAAGUUGAACAAAAACUUGUCGCUUGGAAGAAGGAGAAAAUUUUGAAAACAGAAUACGAAAAGGAGCAGAAACGUCAAGAGCUUGCAAAACAGAAAGAACUUGAAGAGCUAAAAAAGCAGAAACAAGAAGAGUUGCGAUUACAAGUGCACAAUUGGCGACUAUCAAAAAACAAGGCGGAGAGAGAUGAACUGUACAAAAAGCAAGAAGAAGAAGUGAAAGAACAAAAGGAAAGAGCUCUUAAAGCGAAUAAGUUAAUAAAACAAUUCCAAUGUCAAGACGAGAUAUUUAUACAAAACAAGUUGCAAAUGAUGCAACCACAAAAAAAGGUUUCCCCAGUUAUUAAGAAACGCGAGUCCUAUCCGAGAGAUCCACUAAGAUUGUUGAAACCGACACAGCAAUGGAUAAUGAGAACUCAUGCAGAAAAAAAAGACAGCGGAUCAUUCACAAACCAUGCAAAUCUACAAGAAAUUCAAAAACUAGGUUUACCAGAAUGGAGAAAAUGUAUUUAUUAAUCGCCUAAAUAGAUAUUAAAAUGACAUGUAUAUUUGUAAUACAAAAUUUUUCAAAAUACGGCACUCUUAAUCUACAAUCACUAUUUAUCACAUCAAAUCUUUUUACAAACUACAGGAUACGGGCUUUGUA